AUGGUCACCCUGAAGGAGGCACAGGAGAAGACCACCACCUACAUCAUUGGCUUAGAGUCCCGACUCAACAAUGCCAUCAUCAAUGUGCCCUCCACAGGUAUCCAACAACCGGCUGGCCAAUCCAGUCAAUCGCCUCGCCGAAUUAAGCUCCUCGAUCCUCCCAAGUAUUUGGGAAGGAAGUCGUCGGAAAACUUUGAAACUUGGUUCAUGAACCUGCUCAUCUGGCUCGAUUAUAACCAUUUCACAGAUGACAAGGACAAAAUUCGGCAAGCCAACGCUCAUCUGGAAGGCGGAGCUGCUCUAUACAUGAAAGAGUACGCAAUCAAGCUCGCCUCCGGACAAGACGUUGGUACAUGGGCAGAAUACACCAGGAAACUGAAAAUGGCAUACAAGAUGCUUGACCCCAAGUGCACGGCACAAUCUUUGCUAGAUGCACACUGUGCAAAUCACCACAAGACAAUGAUCGCCUUCGCAGAAAAUUUCAGGGCUUACGCCCCCGAAUCAGGAUACUCUGACGAAGACGUAAUCAUCAAAAUC